UGGAAAUGGUAACGGAACAAGAACCAAAUAUUGGCACCUUUUGCAGCUUAGAAUACGAACCAACACACAGAAUUUGAUGCUAACUUUAAAGAAUAAGAACCCAUCAUCAACUUUAUUUGCACAUAAUCUAUAAAAGAACCGAGGUCGUUUUCAGAGAUUCAAACGGUGGCAAUGGAGCCAGUCGCGAGUCGUUAUUGGCGGUUCAAGCCGCACCUUUUAAUGGUUCUAACUCAAGUUGGCUUCACAUUUCUCUACUUCAUAACAGAAGCCUCAUUCAAGCAUGGGAUGAAUCCUCAUAUCUACGUAACUUAUCGGCAUGUUGUUGGUGGUUUUGUCAUGCUUCCUUUCGCCUAUUUUCUCGAAAGAGGUAAGAGGCCAAAAAUGACGGUGGUUUUAUUCCUAGAGAUUUCCGUUCUCUCUCUUUUAGGGGUGGCAUUGACUCUAAAUAUGUACUUUGCAAGUCUGAGAUGCACCUCACCGACUUUCAUUGCAUCAAUGAUUAACACCAUUGCUUGCCUCACUUUUGUUAUUGCAGUUAUACUCAGAUUGGAAAUCAUUGAUCUCCGAAACCCUCGAGGGCUGGCAAAAGUAGUCGGUACCCUAGUUUCAUUGGCUGGUGUAAUAAUUAUGACUCUGUACAAGGGACCUGCAAUGACAAGUUUAGGGCAUGCUGCUAUCCAUUUUACACAGACCACGGUAAUCCAAGAAAAUUGGUUCAAGGGUUCAGUUCUUACGGUCUCAAGCUGCCUAACAUGGUCUAUAUGGUACAUAAUGCAGGCAUAUACACUGAAAAGAUAUCCAGCACAGCUUUCACUUACCACAUGGAUGAACUUCCUUGGAGCAGCACAAUCGGCUGUUUUCACAGCAGUUAUCGAGCACAGGAGAGCAGCUUGGAGUAUUGGCUUCAACAUUGAUUUAUGGUCAACAAUCUAUGGAGGAGUAGUGGUCUCUGGUUUAAUAGUAUACAUUCAACUCUGGUGCACCAAAGAAAAAGGGCCAGUUUUUGUAACAAUGUUCAAUCCCCUCUCCACAAUAUUAGUGGCGGUUUUGGCAUACUUUGUACUUGACGAAAAGCUUUACACAGGAAGUGUACUUGGGGGAGUGAUUGUGAUUGUGGGUUUAUACUUGCUACUAUGGGGAAAGGAAGGUAACAAAGAAGCACGAGUGAAGAAAACUGAACUCCAUUAUGUGACCUAUGAAGUAGACGAAGAGGACCCGAAACCACAGACAUUUGGCAGAACUGAAAAGAAUUCAUCUGAUUUAGAAACAAUUACUCGAAGCUAAACAAGAAGAAUAGGUACACAAGUGACGGAAAUACUGAAAUAAACAGAAGACUGAUAUCAUUAGAAGAU